UCGGCCAUGGCUGGUGUUUUGGAUCGUGCACUCCCUCGCCCUCCUCGAGCAUCCUCUUGACGCCUCUCUUGCUGCGCGAUGCGCCGACACGCUUCGCCGCUGCCAGCAUCCCGAGGGCGGCUUUGGAGGGGGGCCGGGGCAGCUGGCUCACUUAGCCACCACGUAUGCAGCUGUGGCAGCGCUGGUGACAGUGGGAGGGGAGGAGGCUCUUUCUGUGGUCAACAGGAGAUCUAUGCUUGCCUUUCUGCGCCGCAUGAAGUGCCAAUCAGGGGGUUUCAGGCUGCACCAAGGGGGUGAGACGGACGUGAGGGGCUGCUAUACUGCCAUGGCGGUGGCUCAUCUGCUUUGCAUCCGCACGCCUGACCUUACAGCAAACGUGGCGCAAUAUGUGCACAGCUGUCAGACCUACGAAGGGGGCAUUGGGGGAGAGCCAGGCGCAGAGGCUCAUGGGGGGUACACAUUCUGUGGGCUCGCUGUGGUGCUAUUGGCUGGCGCUGACCCCUGGGAGCAUCUCAACCUGCCCCUGCUCCUGGACUGGCUGGUGUUCCGGCAGGGGGGGGUGGAGGGCGGGUUUCAGGGGCGCAGCAACAAGCUGGUGGACGCCUGCUACAGCCUCUGGCAGGGCGGCCUCUUCCCUCUCCUCGCCCUCUGCCCCUCCUCCUCCGACACCCGCCCCAGGGGCGAUGCCAGCUCAGCGCAACAGCCGAACAAUGUGAUCUUGUCGCCACACGCUGACGGUGCGGCAGGGGAUCAGCUAGGCGUGCAGGCAGGCAGCGGCGAGGAGAUGGGGGCUGCUGGUGAUUCGAGAGGCGCUGCUGGUGGGACUGGAGGGGGUGAAGAACGCUCCAGUGCCGCAGCAGGUGAUGGUGGCAGUGAGGAGGGCAGAGAGGCAGAGGUUGAGGAGGAGGAAGAUGAAGAGGAAGAGGAUGAGUGGGAAGAAGCAGAUGUGGAGUCGUUUCACCGUGUUCCCUCUGCCUCUGCUGCUGACCUCUUCCCCUGUCCCGAGUCUCUGCUCCUGCCUGCUGGGCCUGGGGAGGGAGGAGAGAGGAGGGGAGGAGUGGAGGGUGGAGGAGAGGGAGAGGAGCGGAGGGAAGGGGCGACAGGCGCAGUGCGAGGGGAGGUGGGGGCUGGGGCAACUACACAUGGGCAUGACUGGGUGCCAGAGGGGGGUUUGAGGGACAAGCCAGGCAAGGCACGCGAUUACUACCACACCUGCUACGCCCUCAGCGGCCUCCCCGCGUCGCAGCACUCCCAUCCAGUGCCCUUACCCUGCACCCAUGCGCCUCCCCACUCCCCUCUCUUCACUUACCGUGUACCAGAGGGGGGACUGAGGGACAAGCCAGGCAAGGCACGCGACUACUACCACACCUGCUACGCUCUCAGCGGCCUCACCGCUUCCCAGCACUCCCAUCCAUUGCCCUCCACCCGCACCCAUGCGCCUCCCUACUCCCCUCUCUUCACUUACCGUGUGUACCUGCAGGUACCAGAGGGGGGGCUGAGGGACAAGCCAGGCAAGGCACGCGACUACUACCACACCUGCUACGCCCUCAGCGGCCUCACCGCGGCCCAGCACUCCCAGCCAGUGACCUUCCCCACACGCACCCUUGCUCCCCAGCAAGCUGGGGCUAGUGCGGCGCAGGGAGUGGGGGGUAGUGUGUUAGGGCCUGUCUCAAACCUUCUGGCAGUGGCUGAGCCUCGCUCACCGCGCGUAUCGGAACUCGGGCGCCAAGUGAUAUCUGCGCGCGGGCUGACAUCCGCGCAAGCGGCCCCACGAAUGGGGGAUAAGCGCAAAGCGAACGGGGAAGGGGAGGCGGAGAACAAGAAGUCAAAGGCGGCGGUAGCGGGGGAAGCAGGGUCCGCGGGCGCAGGGGGGGCAGCGGGAGGGGGAGGCGAGGUCAUGGGGGGGCCCUCAGGGUUUAAGGUUUUGAAAGAGGGUGCAGCGGAGAUUUUAGUACAGGGUAACGACGUGUUCUAUAACAAGGCGCAGGUAGUUAAUCGCGACCUGUCCGUUUGCGUGCUUCGCGCGUUCGUCGCGGUUCGGCGGGAGGAGGAGAAUCAGCGGGCCGCGGCUGUGGCGGCGGGAGUGAAGGGGCGCGCGCUCCUGAAACACCCCAAUGCGGACCUUGCGGCGAAAUCUGCGGCGGCUGCUGCGGCGAAGCUUAGAGGCGGGGAGAAAGGGGGAGGCGCGGAAAAAGGGGAAGGCGCCGAGAAAGGGGAAGCUGGGGAUGGGGAGGGGGAGGAGAAGGAGGUGAAAGAGGGAGAGGGAAGAGCAGCGGAAGGGGCCGCAGGAGGGGAAGGAGGGGAGGGGAAGGAGAAGAACGGGGAGAAGGGGGACGGCGCGGCUGCGACAGAUGCGGCGGGUGAAACGGGGGAGGGGCAGCAGCAGCAGCAGCAGCAGCAGCAGCAGCAGCAGCAGCAGCAGCAGCAGCAGGCGAAGGUGGCUGAAGUGAAGCCUCUGAGAAUCCUAGAGGGACUAGCAGCGUCAGGACUGAGGUCGAUCCGGUACGCCAAGGAGAUCCCGGGGGUGGGCGCAGUGGUGGCGCUGGACAACGACCCCGUCGCCGUGCAGGCCUGCCAACGCAACGUGGCACACAACUUCGGUGGUAAUCCACCACCACCCGCCACCACCCCCGCUAGUCCUGCCGCUCCACCACCCGCCGCUACUGCCAGUGGUGCUGCUGUGGCUGAGGGGGAGAGAGGGGCGGGCAAGGAGGAGGAGAAGGGAGGGGGGGGUGAGCCGGCGAGUGAGGGAGGGAAGGUUGAAGGGGACGGGGCGGUGCCUGUGAGAGCAGAGCAAGGGGAUGCACGCGUGUACAUGAUACUGCACGAGAAACAGUUUGAUGCGGUGGAUCUGGAUCCGUACGGGACGCCGUCGGUCUUCCUGGAUGGGGCGGUGCAAGCGGUGGCGGAUGGGGGCAUGCUGCUGGUGACGGCCACUGACAUGGCCGUGCUGUGCGGGAACAACGCUGAAGUCUGCUACUCCAAGUACGGGGCCUAUCCACACCGCGCCAAGUACUGUCACGAGAUGGCGAUCCGCAUACUGCUUGCCUCCAUCGAAAGUGCGGCGAACCGGUUCAAGCGGCACAUAGUGCCCGUGCUGUCAGUGUCUGUCGACUUCUACAUCCGCGUGUUUGUGCGCGUCUUCACGUCAGCGCAGGCAGUGAAGGCGACACCCAGCAAGCUGGCGUACGUCUUCCAGUGCUCUGGCUGCGACUCCUACCACCUGCAGCCCGUGGGGCGGGUCGUUGAGGGGCGCACCAAGAAACCAGACGCCCCUCCCCCUCCUCCCAGGUACCUACCUGGCCUAGGCCCCGUGAUCCCCCCUGCGUGCGAGCACUGCGGGCGGCAUCUGAGCAUCGGAGGGCCCAUGUGGUCAGCGCCGAUCCACGACGCCAGCUGGGUUCGGCUCGUUCUGGGGGAGGUGCAAGCGGGGAAGGGCAGACUGGCUGGAUUCGGCAAGGUGCAUGGGCUGCUGACUGCUGUGUCUGAGGAACUGCAUGACAUUCCACUGUACCUCGAUCUGCAUGAGAUCAGCGCCACACUCAAGUGCACGCCGCCCAGCAUGCUGCUCUUCCGCUCCGCGCUGAUCAACGCGGGGCACCACGUGUCAGGGGCGCACUCCAACCCACUUGGCAUCAAGACCGACGCCCCGCUUGGGCUCAUCUGGGACGUUAUGCGCUGCUGGAUCCGAGACCAUCCAGUGAAGUCCCAAGGGGAGGGCAGCCCAGCUGACACGAUUCUGGCCAAGCCACCCACGACUGAGGUCAACUUUGCAAAAGCGCCCAAGGCGUUGAGCAAGGCGCAGCAGAAGGGAGUGGCUAGGUUUGUGCCCAACCCAGAGGCAUACUGGGGGCCCAAGCCGCGUGCUGGGAGAAAGGACGCCACUGCCAUGGCUGUGCUAGCCCGUGAAGAAGGGGCGGAAGGGAAGGGGGAUGAGGCGAUUGAGUGA